AUGGCGGUGGCUAUUCAUACUUUCUUUCUUUCUUUCUUUCUUUCUUUAUUUCUUUAUUUCUUUCUUUUCUAUCAAUUCAUUUCUAUUAAUUUUUUCUUCAUCUAUCUAUCUAUCUAUCUAUCUAUCUAUCUAUCUAUCUAUCUAUCUAUCUAUCUAUCAUUUUAUUUGUAUCUACUUUAUCUUUCUUUCUUAUCUAUCCCUUCUUUCUUUCUUUCUUUAUUUCUUUUUUCUUUUCGAUUAAUUCUUUCUUUCUUUCUUUCUUUCUUUCUUUUUAUUCUUUCUUUCUUUCUUUCUUUCUUCAUCUAUCUAUCUAUCUAUCAUUUUAUUUGUAUCUACUUUAUCUUUCUUGCUUAUCUAUCCCUUCUUUCUUUCUUUCUUUCUUUCUUUCUUUCUUUUGUAUCAAUCCCUUUCUUUUUUUCUUUCUAUCUUUCUUUCUUUCUUUCUUUCUUUCUUUCUUUCUUUCUUUAUCUAUCUAUCUAUCUAUCUAUCUAUCUAUCUAUCUAUCUAUCUAUCUAUCUUUUUUUACUUCUUUUUUUUCUAUUAAUGACUUCUUUCUUUUCUUUUUCUUUCUUUUGCUAUGAAUAUAUAUACAUAUCUAUCUUUCGUCUUUCUUUCUAUUCUAUCAAUGCUUUCUUUCUUUCUUCUUUCUUUCUUUUCUAUCAAUUCCAUCUUUCUUGCUUUUCUGUAAAUCCCAUUUUUCUUUUUUAUCUAUCUAUCUAUCUAUCUAUCUAUCUAUCUAUCUAUCUAUCUAUCUGCAAGGUGACAAUAAAGUCACCAGACAUGACUUUGUUGGCACUAUCUAUCUAUCUAUCUAUCUAUCUAUCUAUCUAUCUAUCUAUCUAUCUAUCUAUCUAUCUAUCUAUCUCGACUUCUCUAUGUAAGUAUGUAGGUAUGUAUGUAUUGACAAAGUUUAAUUCUAUCUAUCUAUCUAUCUAUCUAUCUAUCUAUCUAUCUAUCUAUCUAUCUAUCUAUCUAUCAUUUUAUUUGUAUCUACUACAGCUUUCUUUUUUAUCUAACUAUUCCUUUUUCUUUUUUUCUUUCUUUCGUUCUUUCUUUCUUUCUUUCUUUCUUUUAUUCCCUUUCCUUUCUUUCUUUUUUAUCUAUCUAUCUAUCUAUCUAUCUAUCUAUCUAUCUAUCUAUCUAUCUAUCUAUCUAUCUUUUCUUUGUAUCCCCUUUUCCUUUUUUCUUUAUCUAUCUAUCUAUCUAUCUAUCUAUCUAUCUAUCUAUCUAUCUAUCUAUCUAUCUAUCCUCCAUUUCUUUCUUUCUUUCUUUCUUUCUUUCUUUCUUUCUUUCUUUCUUUCUUUCUUUCUUUGUAUCCCCUUUUUCUUUCUUUUUAUCUAUCUAUCUAUCUAUCUAUCUAUCUAUCUUUUUUUUUCUUUCUUUCUUUCUUUCUUUCUUUCUUUCUUUCUAAAUAAAUAA